UCCUACAGAUCAUCCCAUUGCAUAAGAAUCAUGGGUCACUGCAGUGCUAGUGCUUUCAUCCAACUUGUCUCACUAAUUAUACUGUCAGGAAUUUUAUCCCUUGAAACCAUUAAACCUGGUUUCUGCAAUGAUGAUAAUAAUGUGGGCUGCACAGAUAUAGAGAGGAAAGCCCUUCUCAAGCUCAAACAAGGCCUCACAGAUCCUUCUGACCGGCUUUCGUCUUGGGUGGGAGAAGAUUGUUGCAAAUGGAGUGGUGUAGGCUGCAACAACAUAACUGGACGUGUCGACAUGCUCGAUCUUCGCAAUCGCUAUUCAGAUGGGUUAAAUGGUUACAGAUCAAUAGAGCAUGCAUUUGGUGGUGAGAUCAACCCUUCUUUGCUUGUUUUGAAAGAUUUGGUUUACUUGGAUUUGAGCAUGAAUUACUUUGGAGGUGUCCAACUUCCAAGUUUCAUUGGAUCACUAGAGAAAUUGAAAUACCUCAAUCUCUCUGGUGCAUCUUUUGGUGGAAUCAUUCCCCACAAUAUUGGAAAUCUCUCAAGGUUGCUUUAUCUUGAUCUUGAUAAUAACUAUGGUCACCCAAUUGAGACUGACCUUCAAUGGCUUGCAACUCUUUCUUCCUUAAAGUACCUUAACUUGGGAGGAGUGAACCUUGCUAAGACUACAUCCUAUUGGCUUCCCAUUGUUAAUAUGCUUCCUUCACUUGUUGAAUUGCAUUUGCCCUCUUGCGGACUUUCCAUCCUUCCUUUCACUCUUCCUUCUAUCAAUUUCACAUCCCUUUUGGUUCUUGAUCUCUCUAUGAAUGGUUUCAACUGCCCACUACCUCCUUGGUUGUUCAAUCUCACUGAACUAGAGAUGUUGGAUUUGACAUAUAACAGUAUGACAGGAGAACUGCCUGAUUCUUUGGGAUAUCUUAAAAGCUUGAGAUACCUCAAAUUGUCAGUUAACUCAUUUCAGGGUUCAAUGCCAAAAUCGAUUGGAAAUUUAACAUCUUUGGAGGAGUUUAACCUUGGAUGGAAUCAAAUGAGUGGGAUCAUCCCAGAAAGUCUUUGGGAGCUCUCAUCGCUGGUUUCACUUCAUAUCUUUGGCAAUACAUGGGAAGGUGCCAUUACAGAAGCUCAUUUUGCGAAACUUGGAGGCCUGAGAGAUGUAUCAAUUGGAAAUGAUUCUCCAAACAUUUCCUUGGUUUUCAACAUAAGUUCUGAUUGGAUACCUCCAUUCAAAUUAAGAAGCUUGUACAUUAGAUCAUGCCAACUGGGUCCCAAAUUUCCUACAUGGCUUAGAAAUCAGACUGAGUUGACCAACGUGGUACUUCGUAAUUCUAGGAUUUCAGACACCACACCAGAUUGGUUUUGGCAGUUGGUUUUGCAAUUAGAUGUUCUAGACAUCGCUUAUAAUCAACUAAGUGGCAGGGUGCCCAAUUCAUUAAGAUUCAGCUAUGAUUCCCUUGUUGAUUUGAGUUCAAAUCGCUAUGAGGGCCCACUCCCACUCUGGUCCUCAAACAUUACCGUGCUGUAUCUUAGCGAUAAUCUAUUUUCAGGGCCAAUUCCUCAUAACAUUGGUCAAGUGAUGCCCAAUUUGAUAGAUCUAGACAUUUCUAGGAACUCUUUGAGUGGAAUUCUUGAUCUCUCUGGCAAUAAAUUCACCUCCACAAUACCUCCUUGGUUGUUCAAUCUCACUAAACUAGAGAAUUUGGAUUUCGCAUAUAACAGUCUGACAGGAAAACUGCCUGAUUCUUUGGGAUAUCUUAAAAGCUUGAGAUACCUCAAAUUGUCAGUUAACUCAUUUCAGGGUUCAAUGCCAAAAUCGAUUGGAAAUUUAACAUCUUUGGAGGAGUUUAACCUUGGAUGGAAUCAAAUGAGUGGGAUCAUCCCAGAAAGUCUUUGGGAGCUCUCAUCGCUGGUUUCACUUCAUAUCUUUGGCAAUACAUGGGAAGGUGCCAUUACAGAAGCUCAUUUUGCGAAACUUGGAGGCCUGAGAGAUGUAUCAAUUGGAAAUGAUUCUCCAAACAUUUCCUUGGUUUUCAACAUAAGUUCUGAUUGGAUACCUCCAUUCAAAUUAAGAAGCUUGUACAUUAGAUCAUGCCAACUGGGUCCCAAAUUUCCUACAUGGCUUAGAAAUCAGACUGAGUUGACCAACGUGGUACUUCGUAAUUCUAGGAUUUCAGACACCACACCAGAUUGGUUUUGGCAGUUGGUUUUGCAAUUAGAUGUUCUAGACAUCGCUUAUAAUCAACUAAGUGGCAGGGUGCCCAAUUCAUUAAGAUUCAGCUAUGAUUCCCUUGUUGAUUUGAGUUCAAAUCGCUAUGAGGGCCCACUCCCACUCUGGUCCUCAAACAUUACCGUGCUGUAUCUUAGCGAUAAUCUAUUUUCAGGGCCAAUUCCUCAUAACAUUGGUCAAGUGAUGCCCCAUUUGACACAUCUAGACAUUUCUAGGAACUCUUUGAGUGGAAGCAUUCCCCUGUCCUUUGGUAAUUUAAGCCAAUUAACAACCAUGGUUAUCUCAAAUAACCAUUUGUCUGGUGAGAUUCCUCAUUUUUGGAACAAUAUACCAUUUUUGGUUGCUAUAGACAUGUCAAGCAACAGUCUCUCUGGUAAAAUCCCAAGAACCUUAGGCUCUCUUACUUCACUCAAAUAUUUGAUCGUCUCUAGCAACAACUUGUCAGGUGAAGUUCCUUCCUUGAAGAACUGUUCUGACAUGAGGAUUCUUGAUCUUGGUGAUAACAAGUUUUCUGGACCGAUUCCGGCUUCCAUCGGAGAAAGCAUGCCUUCUUUAAAGAUUCUAUGCUUGAGGAACAACUCAUUUACUGGAAGCAUCCCUUUAAAAUUAUGUGGCCUUUCCACUCUCCAUAUAUUGGACUUAUCACACAACAAUCUUUCUGGAAAUAUUCCCCACUGCAUAGAUAAUUUGAGUGGCUUGAAAUAUGAGGUCAAAGACAUAGGUAUAGAAGUCUACGGUUACCAGGGAAGAUUGGGGGUGGUGUCAAAAGGAAGAGUGCUUGUAUAUGACUCCAUCCUUUACCUUGUUUAUAGCAUUGAUCUCUCGGACAAUAACUUGUCAGGGGAGAUUCCUGUGGGGAUAACAAGCCUAUUAAAGUUGGGCACCUUAAAUUUGUCCAUGAAUCAUUUGACAGGAAAUAUCCCAACAAAUAUCGGAAACUUGAGGUCAAUAGAAACUCUUGAUUUAUCAGUGAACAAACUUUCAGGUUCAAUUCCACAAAGCAUGGUUUCUUUAACACUUUUGAAUCAUCUAAACUUGUCAUACAAUAACUUGUUCGGGAAAAUCCCAACGGGUAACCAGUUUCAGACCUUUGUUGACCCAUCAAUUUAUGAGGGUAAUGCCGGUCUUAGCGGGUGUCCAUUACCAAUUGGUUGCCAAGAGAAUGAAGAAACACCUCAAGUUCCGAGUGGAGAUGGAGGAGAGGAUGAUGAUGACAGUAAACUUGAAAAGCUACAGUUCAUCAUCAGCAUGGUGAUAGGUUUCUGUGCAGGAUUCUGGGGAGUUUUUGAGACUUUGGCCAUCAAGAAGUCCUGGAGAUACGCCUAUUUCCAAUUCCUUGACAAAGUGAAAUAUGGUAUCCUUGAUUUUGUCUCAGCCAUUGGUACUUAUCUGCAUAAAGGAUCAUAGAGUACAGAAGAAGUUGCAAAUGUGAAGGCAUAUAUGUAUUCAAGCAAAUAAAGCAGUAUUGUCUUUUACAAUUUUCUAAGUUGGUUGUAAUAUACAUUUGUACUUGUAUGUGUUGUGCUAGAAGCA